AGCUCCAUGCGCCUACCUCCACCACCACCACUGCAAGCCGCUGCUCAAUGGCCUCCAUUUCAUUUUCCGGCGAAUCCCUCAUCUCUCUGCUAACUCUUUUCUCUCUCCUUUUUCUCACCCACGCCACCCUCCAUCUCCACCCCUCCGAUUAUGACGCCCUCCUCCUCGUCCAAAAACACUUGGGCAUCAACGGUCAACGCCGCUCCUCCCCCAACCCAUGCAACGCCCCCGGAGUAUUUUGCGAGAGGAGGGUCUCUGACAACGCCACAGUGCUCAGAGUCACCCGUCUGGUUUUCAAAUCCCAACGUCUCUCAGGUUUCCUAUCUCCCCAAAUCGGACGCCUCUCCCAGCUCAAAGAGCUCUCCCUCCCGGACAACUAUCUCCUUGACCGGAUCCCAUCCCAAAUUGUUGACUGCCGGAAACUGGAAAUCCUUGACCUCCGGAACAACCGAUUCUCCGGCGAAAUUCCGCCGGAAUUGUCCUCCCUGGUGCGCCUCCGUAUCCUGGAUCUCUCUUCCAAUAAGUUUUCCGGGAACUUGAAUUUCUUGAGGUUUUUUCCCAACCUGGAGAAGCUCUCUCUGGCUGACAACCUGUUUUCCGGGAAAGUACCGGUGUCUGUACGCUCGUUUCGCAAUCUUAGAGUCUUCAACCUUUCCGGGAACAGCUUUCUGGACGGCCCAGUGCCGGGGAUGAGGGAGGUGGAGGUGGAGUCCCUAGCGUCUGCACUUCCGAGACGAUACGUCUUUGCUGAGAAUUUAACAAGGGGAAGCAGCAAUCAUUCAGCAGUUGCACCAAGUGGAAGUUCAGGGUAUUAUGGAGAAGCACCAGCUCCUUCUCCUUCUGCACCACCUCAUAAGCAUCGGAAAAACAAGAAGCUGAGCGCAUGGAUUCUCGGAUUCAUCGCUGGAGCAGUUGCUGGGUGCAUAUCUGGGUUGGUGUUCUCCGUGCUUUUUAAAGCACUCCUGGUGUUGGUGAGAGGUGGUGGAAAGGAGUCAGGGCCGGCAAUCUUCAGUCCGUUGAUCAAAAAGGCGGAGGACUUGGCUUUCUUGGAGAAAGACGAUGGAUUGGCGUCACUGGAGAUCAUAGGCAAAGGUGGAUGUGGAGAGGUGUACAGAGCUGAGUUACCAGGUGGGAAACUGAUUGCUAUAAAGAAGAUUGUUCAACCUCCAAAGGAUGCAGCAGAACUGGCUGAGGAAGACAGUAAGCUCUUGAACAAGAAGAUGCGCCAAAUUCGGUCGGAGAUUCAAACUGUUGGGAAUAUCAGGCAUCGAAACCUUCUUCCUUUGCUGGCACAUGUGUCCCGGCCUAACUGCCAUUACCUGGUAUAUGAGUUCAUGAAGAAUGGCAGCUUACAGGACAUGUUAACUCAAGUUUCAGAGGGGACUAGAGAACUGGACUGGCUGGCUCGUCACAGGGUCGCACUAGGGGUGGCUGCAGGGCUUGAAUACCUCCAUAUGAGCCACAGCCCCCGCAUCAUUCAUAGAGACCUCAAACCUGGAAACAUCCUUCUCGAUGACGACAUGGAAGCACGAAUUGCAGAUUUUGGACUCGCAAAAGCAGUCCCAGAUGCUAACACCCAUGUCACAACUUCUAAUGUGGCCGGAACUGUGGGAUACAUUGCGCCCGAGUAUCACCAGACACUCAAGUUUACAGACAAGUGCGACAUAUACAGCUUUGGGGUUUUGCUUGGGGUUCUGGUGGUAGGAAAGCUUCCAUCUGAUGACUUUUUCCAGCACACAGCUGAGAUGAGCUUGGUGAAGUGGAUGGCUAAUAUAAGGACUUCAGACGAUCCCAGCAGAGCCAUUGAUAGAAAGCUGAUGGGAAAUGGAUUUGAAGAGCAGAUGCUGCUGGUUCUAAAGAUAGCUUGCUUCUGCACUGUUGAUGAUGCAAAGAUAAGGCCUAACAGUAAGGACGUUAGGACCAUGUUGUCUCAGAUCAAACACUAGGGAUGCAAGGGAACGUUGCUAUAUAUAACUAUCUAUAUGUGCCACUUGUAUGUAAGAAUAAUGAUGCGUGUCAUCGAAAGUGUCUGUUUAAGUAGAACAAAUUUGCAUCUAAGAUGUAAAUUUAGUAUCAAACUAGUACUAGUUUUGUCAUGUAUGUCAUCUCUUGAAUGUUGUUCUCACUCAAUGUAGCAUAACAAGAGUGUGUUCCAUGAAAACAUCUUUCAAAUAUGGAAUAAAGGACAUCCACAAAUUAGGUAACAUUGCUAUA